AUGAUCGUCUCCAAGUCCGGCGGCCUAAUCUACAACCGCGAAUUCCACACGGGCCUCUCCAAGCUGACCUCAAACGACUACCUCAUCCUCGCUGGCUCCUUCCACGGCAUGCACGCCAUCACCUCGCAACUCUCGCCCGCCCCUCGCGUCCCCUACAUCACCCCACAAAACAACAUGCUCGCGCCGAGCCCUUUCCCGAAUCGCCCAACAGGCAUCGAGGUCAUGGAGUCCAGUCACUUCAGGCUGCAGUGCUUCCAGACGCAGACAGGGACCAAGUUUCUGCUGGUCACGGAACCGCAGCAGCCGAACGUAGACACCAUGAUGAAGAAGGUGUAUGAGCUGUAUGCGGAUUUUGUCAUGAAGAAUCCCUUCUACACGGUGGAGAUGCCGAUUAGGUGCGAGAAGUUUGACAGGGGGUUGGACGGGUUUAUCAAGGUUAGAGGAUGA